CUAAAAAGGGGUUUUACUAUUUUGAGAAUAUAGGAUCUAAGGGGGUCUCCAAAACAUCUCAGAAACAAAAUGGGCAGGAUUUAUUUCAAGAGGUUAAAUUUGACAGACAUUCUUAUUACGCCCUCUUUUACAGUGUAGGAUAUGAUAGGAUCUGUCGUGUGUUUUCCAGAGCACUGAUUCUGUGUUAAAUUUGUUGUAUACAGAAACAUACAAUUUGACCUCAGGGCUGUACAACCUGUGCACCUCCAGCUGCUGUCAGAUUACGACACUCGGCAUCCCCCCCUUCAGCUGGAGACUGUUGAGGGAAUUGUAGUACAACUGCUGGGGUCCCUGUCGAGAAAUUGGGGGGUCAUUUAUCAAAACAAAGCAUAUUUACAUCUGGACAGUAACCUAUAACAACCAUCAGUAAUGACAUUUCUUUCAGCUGGUAAAAGAAUGAAAGCAAUAUUUUGAUUGGUUGCCAUAGGUUACUGCCCAGGUGCAGAUUUGCCCAGUGUUGAUAAACGAGCACCAUUGGGUGACCUUUUAUUUGCUUAUUAGACAGCCUAACUCUUUCAUUCAAGAAUUGUGUGAUUCAGAAUCGUACUCCUCUCACCACAAAUUUCCAUGAGGAUUUGAACAACUGGAAUUCUGGUAUGAUAAUGAUGAAAAAUAGUUUUGGAAAAAGGAACAUUCAACUUAAGUUACAUCAGUAAAGAAAUUAUGUUCAGCUUGAACAAAGGAAUCAGAGAGACUGGAUGAAAAUAUUUCAAUAAUCAGAAGAGGAAACUCUGUUUGCCAUAGAUUUUGUGAACUCUUGUGUAUGGAUCUCUGAUUCAUUUUGUUAAGAUGACUCAAUCAAUACAUCUCAAUCAAAACCUACCAGACUUAGGGGGCCCCUUUUUAUAUCGGGACCAGGAUGAAAAUGAAAAGACUGCAUAUUCGGUUGAGACUCCAUAUGGCUUCCAGCUUGAUUUGGAUUUUCUGAAAUAUGUUGAUGACAUUCAGAGUGGUCAGACUUUAAAGAAGGUGCCCAUCUAUCGCAAACCAAGAGUACCACGGCAAUCAACAUCAUCUCUGAGGAGCCCAUCAUGCCAAACAGGUGGAUGGACCUCCACUGAAUCACUAACUUCUAGUGAUGAUGGAAGAUCAGGCAGUGUAUUUUUCCCAAGGGUUAGGACACAAUCCAAUUCCUCAGAUAACAAGGAAACUUUAAGCUUUCCAAAGUCCAAUCCAGUUUCUCCUACACCUGUUAUCAGUUUACUUCCCCCUCCUUCUCCAAAAUCUCUUUUGAGAAACCAUCGUGUUGAGAAGACUCUGGAAGAGACAAGCAAAAGGCUUGAGCAAGAGCAACUAAAUUUACAAGGGGCAGAUGUACAAAUCAGAUCAUGCUCAUCUACAAAUCUUUCUAAACUGGGUGUUACUAGCACAAGUUCACCCAAUCUUACUCAUCUACCACCAUCUUUACCUCUUAGCAAAAUUGGGGAGGGUCAUGUAAUACUUAGUCCAAGCUUCUCAGGAUCUGUAAAAAUCAGUCCUGUCAAUUCUGGAAGAAGCACUCCAGCUAUGAUUUCUUCAUCUCAUCUACAUUAUGUUCGGGAACAAAUGGCUGCUGCUCUCAAGCAGCUGAAGGAUCUUGAAGAACAAGUGAAGGCCAUUCCCAUUUUAGAGAUGAAGAUUUCCACUCUGGAAAGGGAAAAGAAACAACUUUUGGCUGAUCUUGAGAAGAAACAGGAAAUUGUUUCUCUGGAGAGAUCAUCCAGUGAUGGAAAUUGCAGUAUUAAUGAAAGUGGCUCUGAGCAAAAUAUUGAACCGUCUUCUGAAGCAGAAAAUGAGCUAGAGACAAGUAAAUUAAGAACAAAUAAAAUUGCAGAGCUAAAAAGACUUACAGAGAAAUUUUCAGAGAGAAAUGUUAAAAUGGGCAAGACAGGGGCUAACAAAAUAUUAACCAGUCCACCAAAGGUGAUGGAAAGACGUUACAAGUCGAUAGCAGUGGGUGAGGAGAUGGACAUGAAUGAUACUGUGUUUUAUUAUAGAUCCAAAAACACAAAGAGGGAUGUAGCAGUAGGUUGUGAAAGAGAAACAAAAGAUGCUGGAGUUUGGGUGAUUGAAUCAUUGUUGGGAAUGACAUGUGAGGCAGAAAAAGAGAUUGAACUUCUUCAACAUACAGUAGACCACCAAAGAGGGGUAAUUGGCUUGUUGGAAGGCCACUUAAAGGAAGCAGCAAAUGAACUGGAAGAGUUAAGGGUGGCAGUUUGUUCUAGAAGACAGAAAGACACGGCAGACAAAGAGGUUAUGGCGCAUCCUCAAACACUGGAAACAGCUUCUGAAGCAGUGGUUUCUAUGCUCAGCCAGGCAUCUGGAGAACCUUUGAAAAUGGUUGAUGCAGGAGUUAAUUGUUCUUCAGAAAUGUCAUUUAGCUGUGUCUCAGAAGCAAAGGAAGUUGCAGUUGGCACAGAUGAGAUGUUAGGAUAUCAGGAAAAAAGCACUCAGGCUAAUUUGGAAAGAACCAAUGAAGCACAAUCCUCUUUGAGUAGCACUGUAAUAGAAGCUAUAAGUAUGCCAAGAAGUGACUUAAUUUUAAAAUCCAAAUGUAAGAUGACUUUGUUGGCAGAUGAUGAGGUGGAUGUUGCUAAGAAUAACCAGGAUAUCACAAAGCAUGUGGAAAAGUGUGAUAAGACAGAGGAAAGUAUUACAGUGGAUGGAAAGGUCAGAGCACUCCACUUGACCACAGAAGGGGGAGAUGAGCAUUUUUUAAUCAUUCAGAACUCAGGAGAACAACCAGAGAAUAAUGAUGCUCAGAAGGGAAACUCUGCAGAAGAAAACAUGAGUAUGGGCAAUUUCGGUCAUUGUGGAGCACUUAAAUCAAUAAUGAAAAACAAGGAUGAUGCUUCCAAAAGUCAAAUAAGAGAGAAGAAAAGUCUUCAGUUUGUGGGCAUACUAAAUGGAGAAUAUGAAAGUACUUCAAGUGAAGAAUCAAGUGACAAUGAAGGUGACAGUUCUUCAGACAAAGUAUCAGAGGACAGCUCAGACAGCGAGGCCUUAAAUGAUGUAGAGACCUCAGAGGAAGAGAUGAAUGUCAAUAUGCAGGAUACAGACAGUGAUAUAGAGGACUGUGAAGUGGAAGAGAAGAGAAAUGAGGAAAAAGAGAAGAAAAGGAAAGAUAAGGAGGAACAACCAUCUCUACCUAACACAAAGGAAAGCUGUGUUCUGAGUCAUAAGAUGCAACAGGCCUGUCUGGUGGUCAGUGUUCAUUUAAAUGAAGCAAGUGCUGUGAAAACAAAAGAAUCUCUGGCCAGUUCCCACAUUGUGCAGCAGGAGUGGUUUCGAGCCUCCAGUCAGAAAUCCUCUGUGGCUGAAAGGGUGGCAGCAUACCUCAAGGCUUUUAUGGAUAUCUCCGCAGAAAUGUUAAACCAUGUUGUAAAUCUUACUGAUGGCAAUGGGAACACUGCCCUUCACUAUAGUGUUUCUCACUCCAACUUCUCCAUUGUUCAGUUGCUGUUGGACACUGGAGUCUGCAAUGUUGACCGACAGAAUAAGGCAGGCUACACUGCGAUCAUGUUAGCCGCCCUAGCAGCGGUGGAAAAGGAAGAUGACAUGAAUGUUGUGUGCAGGCUCUUUAGCUUGGGCAACGUUAAUGCUAAAGCCAGCCAGGCUGGUCAGACAGCACUGAUGCUUGCAGUGAGCCAUGGUCGUCAGGAAAUGGUGCAGGCGCUGCUUGCCUGUGGAGCCAAUGUAAACCUCCAGGAUGAUGAGGGAUCAACAGCAUUGAUGUGCGCAAGUGAACAUGGUCGAGCAGAGAUUGUGAAGUUGCUGAUAGCACAAACAGAUUGUGAUGUGUCCAUUACAGAUAAUGAUGGAAGUAAUGCUUUAUCAAUAGCACUGGAAGCUGGACAGAAUGAUGUUGCUAUGUUAUUAUAUGCCCACAUCAAUUUCUCCAAAGCACAGUCUCCAAGUUCGGAUGUAUUAGCAAUGGGAAAAGCCUCAAGCAGCCAUGUGAAACCUGAAUAAAUUGAAUGAACAUAGACAUUUAAACUUAUCUUGGCCAUUAUUAACUGCACAUGCUGUUUUUACAGAAAAAGCACAUUAUGUGAUAUAGCAAACAAAAGUACAAAUACACAAGUAUACAAUGUACUUUUUUUAAACAUGACUUCUGCGGUCAUUAAGUUAUUUUUUAGGUUAAGAUCUUUGAUACAGCAGUGUGCAGCUAAGCUGUUAAGGAGAGAUCAAAGCACUGACUUCUUGCCGUAAAAGAUGAAAGUAUAUUGUAAUUGUAAAUGUACAAACAGUGGUAAGGGUACAUGUACCUUAUUUAUAAAAAAAAAAGUGAUUAUCUUCCAUGUAUUUCUAAUUCAAAAUUAAAUAUGGUUUUAUAAAUGCAUUUAUGCUUGCAUCCAUACUAGUGGGUGAGAGGAGCAAUACAUCAGUAAUUAAAGGGGUAGUAGAACUUGUAUCUAUAACAUUGCCUUGUGAGUAUUCACACUGCAUCCUUGUUUCAGUGCAAUUGGUGGCUAGAAAAUCAACAGUAAUCAUCCUGACAGUAUAUGUAGACAGGGACCUCUGGGCUGAGGGUGCUCGGAGUACCCCCUGUCGCCCCCCCCACCCACAAAUAGGAUGCACGAAUGCUCAUCUUUUGUGCUUACAUCUGGAGCACACGGUACAGGGUGUGUGUAGAUUCAAAUAACGGGCAAAAUCACCCUCAAGUCUAGUCCCUGGUACUCCAGAAGAAAGCAAGCAUCAGCUGCGACUACAAUCCCUUUAAGCUACUGUCACACUUAGGGGCAGAUUUACUAAGGGUCGAAUUUCGAAGU